AAAUUUACCUAUUAUACGUUUUUUUUUUAUCUUAUCGCCUGUGAAACAUAACCUCAAUAUUUUGUUUUGGCACUUUUGGCAUUCGAAAAGGUGUUCGUAAGAAAACAAAGUGAAAGUUCUAUAUACAAAAAUAAAUCAUGGUGAAUCAAACAGGAAUUUCAAAAUUAGCGAGACUACGUGAAUUAAUGAAAAUAACAACUAUUAAUGGUGUGGAAAAAAAAGGAAUACAAGCAUUUAUACUUAAUUAUGGUGAUUCUCAUCAAUCGGAAUAUUUAACUGAUAGAGAUAAACGAUUAAGUUUUCUCUCUGGAUUCACUGGCUCACGUGGCACUAUUAUUGUAACAAAUGAAAAAGCUUUAUUAUGGACCGACGGAAGAUAUUUUCUUCAAGCUAUUAAUGAAUUUGAUCCACCUCAAGAUUGGACACUUAUGAAAGAAGGCGUAUUAGGAACACCUAAUCAAUUUGAAUGGUUGAAUUUAAAUUUACCACCAAAAUCAACAGUUGGAGUUGAUAUUAAUGUUAUUAGUUACACCGAUUGGGUAUCAAUGUAUAAUAAUUUAAAUAACAAGGGACAUGUUUUAAUUCCAUUGGAAGAAAAUUUAGUUGAUAAAAUAUGGGAUGAUAGACCAAUACCAGUGUUGAAUUCAAUUGUUCCUCAUAAAUUAGAAUAUAGUGGAAAAAAGGCUAAGGAUAAAAUUGAAAAUUGUCAAAAAUUAAUGAAAGAAAAUGGUGUAUCAUUUCUUGUAAUUUCUGCAUUGGAUGAAGUUGCAUAUUUACUUAAUUGGAGAGGAUCUGAUAUUCCAUAUAAUCCAGUAUUUUUUGCUUAUAUUGUAUUAGAAAGUGAAAAUAUUCAUAUUUUUCUUGAUAAAACAAGACUAACAAAAGAAGCUGAAGAGCAAUUAAAAAAUGAAGGAAUCAUUCCAAUUUAUCAUUCUUAUGAGAGUAUUUUAAAUUUUUUAAAAGAAAAUUCAAUAGCAACUGAUGAAAAUCGUGUUUGGAUAAGUUCUGGUUCAAGUUCUGCUUUACAUUGUGCAUGUGGAAGUCAUGUAUAUAGAGCUUAUUCGCCAAUUGGUUUAAUGAAAUCAAUUAAAAAUGAGACUGAAAUUGAAGGAAUGAAAGCUGCUCACAUUCGUGAUGGUGUUGCUCUUGUUAAAUAUUUUGCAUGGUUGGAAGAUGAAAUUACAAAUAAAAAUAAUAAAACUAUUACUGAAAUUUCUGGAGCGGAACAAUUGGAGAAAUUUAGACAAGAACAAGAACUGUACGUUGGAGUAAGUUUUACAACAAUUUCAUCGUCUGGAGAUCAUGCUGCAAUAAUUCAUUAUCAUCCAACGUCAGCUAGUGAUAAACUUAUCACAGACAAAGAAGUUUAUCUAUGCGAUGCUGGAGCACAAUUUCUCGAUGGAACUACCGAUACAACGCGUACUUGGCACUUUGGAACACCAACAGAUUACGAACGUGAAUGUUUUACACGUGUAUUUAAAGGACAAUGUUUUCUUAAUAUGGCAAUAUUUCCAAAUAUGAUAAAAGGAAAUUAUCUCGAUACGUUAGCUCGUAAAAGUUUAUGGGACGUUGGUUUAGAUUACAUUCAUGGAACGGGACAUGGAGUAGGAUCUUAUUUAAAUGUUCAUGAAUUUCCAAUUGGUAUAUCUUGGAAACCAAUGCCUGAUGAUCCAGGUGUUCAAGCCGGUGUAUUUUUGUCAAAUGAACCCGGAUUUUAUGAAGAUGGAAAAUUUGGUAUUCGAUUGGAAAAUAUUGAAUUGGUUGUAAAGGCAAAUAGUAAAUAUAAUUUUAACAAUAGAAAUUAUCUCACUUUUGAGACAGUUACAUUAGUACCAAUACAAACAAGUUUUUUGGAUCUUUCUUUACUCACAGAUGCAGAAAUUGAUUACAUCAACAAAUAUCAUGCAAAAUGUUUGGAAAUUUUGAAACCAUUACUUCAAGGAAGUGAAAAUACUCAAGCUCUUUCUUGGCUUAUAAAGCAAACUAAGCCAAUAUCGAAAUAAUGAAAAAGGAAAUAAAAAAAUUGGAAUAAUUGAAAAAUUCUACGAAUUGUAAUAUUCAAGGUUUUAUAACAAAAAAAAAUCAUUUUUAUUUCUAAUUUUAGAAAAAUAAAAAUAAUUUCACAAUUUUAUAUAAA